CAAUGUUUCAACCAAUGCGCGCACACGGACGGAAUUGCAGACGUACGCGCUUCAGCUUGUUGCUUUUCGGCGAUGCCUGUGCAUGGUUCGUGGACAGCUCAGUACCUGGAUAAUGCAACUUUGAUAACAGAACAUUGACCUUGAGUGAGCUCAUAGUUGUGGGGACAACAGGGAAGCCCGUGUCUGAAGCCAUGAGCCUGCUCAUCCGACAGUUGCAGGUGUCCCUCACACAACAAUCAAUUUUGACCAAUCAAGCAUCAGCUUUAUUACAAAGGGUCACAUCAUCUUUGCCUGCCCCUCUUUGCAGACUUGCUCCUACGAAUGAGAGGCACUACAGAACGAUGCCAACACAUGGCAUCGGCAGGUGGAAAUAUCUGUUGCCCAAAGAAGUGCCCAGGAAGAAGCGGGACAAGCUUCAGAUGAAGCCCAUCCGGGGAUCCACCGCCACGGAGUACGGCUCUCUGAGCGUCAAGGUGUCGGGCUACGACAUGACGGUGGUGGAGCACUACUCCCAGUACAUCCACAACCUCUGCAACCGGCUCGGCGUCAGGGUGUCGGAAAGCUACGCUUUACCAACAAAGAGCACAGAGGUCAUGCUGAUGCAGGAGCAAGGUACCAAGAUGUACAUCGACGCCCUCCUCAAGACGCACGAGAGGAUCGUCCAGAUCAGCAGCAUGAACGCCACCUUAUGCCCCACCUUCAUGGACGUGGUUCUCCAGAACCAACCGGAAGGCGUUCAGCUUUCAGUCAAGGAGCACGUGGAGAGAGACUUCCUGGAGCGCUUCAAGGCGCGACCCCAGCUGGAGGGUCUCAUGGCGCAGGUGAACCAGCGGGACUGACCGUCCUGAGGAACAUCCUCCGUCGCCCCGGCAACACCCGUAACACGACACACCCCGCCUCAGCAAAAUGAACUCCCAGUAUUCCCCUCGUUCCUCUUCCCUCCUGCUCCCCAUGUUGUUGUUGUGCGCCCCUGUGGUUAUGUAUUGAUGGUGACUAGUUGUGAUUGUUGAAUAAAUUGUACUGACUCCCGAAACAAUGGUUCCCUCGAGUCGUCUGUGGUGUUUGCGUUCUCCGCUCAUCGCACUGCUUUUACGUGGUUGCGUUACCUUACAGUUUGAACGGCUAUUGGGCGGUUUAGCGUUUAGAACUAAGGUGGCCGCCGCGUGUAUGAGGCCGGUCAGCACAGAUUGGUUCAAUUCCCCUUUCCUGUUUGGAACACCUUGUGACCGGCUUCUAGAGGGUCUUCAUAGCUUACCCUGGGAUCGUCUCUGGGCACAGCUAGCAAAGCUCUGAUGGAGGGCCUUCCUUGAACGAGUGCAAUUUACAAAUGUACUCUGGGACUCAGACUUGCAGACAGCACCCCCUGAAAAGGGCCAAGCCCCCCCUCCCGCAUUUCUUCAUUGCAAUAGACUUCAAUUUGACAAUAACAAAUGCUAGAAGAAAAAAAGGCUCUUUCACAACUGGUAUCACACCACACAAGGAACAAGCAUUGAGGAAUAGCUGUCGAAGUUAAUUUGAGAAGACAUGUAUGAUUUCAUGACUACUUUUUGACCAUACCAAAUUCACAUAAACUGUAUUACAACAAUUGCAGUCAAAUCAAAAUAUUGUCUUUUCUUCAAUUUCAUUAACUCAGAACAAUAGUAAACUAACAACAAUUUGACCAUAAAAAAUGCAUGUGAAAAAAAAUAGGUCUAACAAUUUCCAGAUCACACCACACAAGCGAGAAGUGAGAAAUACACUGUAAACCCGAACUUGUUGUUUCAACUUAAAAAUGUGAGUGUCCAUGCUGCCUUGAAAUUGUAUGUCAAGACAACUAAGACAAUAAGUUAACUUAAAUAGAUUUUGCUAUUUGACUCAACUCCAUCUUCAGUCAAUAUUACUUGAAACCGUUAGGUGACAUAACUUAACCUCGAUUCAAUACUACAUAAAUUCAAUAGUUGAUUAAACUUAAAUAGCAUUAUAAGUAACAUAAUUAUUUUUGUUGAUGCAACUAAAAAACUAGUGAGUUAUACUUACAUUUAUGAACUGAUUGAAUAUAAAGCCCAAUCAAGAUUACUUAAAUGUAUAGUUUGAUUUAACUGAUAUACUAGUGAGUUGUACUUACAUUUAUUCACUAAUGAAAAUAAAGCCCAAUCAAGAUAACUUAAAUGUAUGAGUUGAUUGUAGGAAUACGUCCAUUGCUAACCCUUACUAGCCUACCCGUGGGGGGGAGGGGUCAGGUUCAUGGGGGUCGCGGAUGUGGCUAGUGCCAGAAUGGUGCUGCCCCCAUGUGGUGAAAAGAGAAAUUGCAACGGUGGCGGGCUGGCGGGCAAUAAAUAAUACAUUUUCUUAAUGGAGCCGCGGGCCAUAUAAAAUAUAGCCCCGUGCCAAGAUUGGCCCGCGGGCCGGACUUUGGACAUGCAUGUUUUACCUGAACUGUCUGCGAUUGGGUCCUACCUGCCUCCCUGCCAACCGCUAACCGCUAACAUUGAGUAAUUAAAUACAAUUAUUACUUAAAAAGUAGGCUAAGUAACAAAUAACUUUACAAGGGAUGCACUCGGUAGAUCUAAUAUAACGUGAAAACAAAAAACACAGAAAAGAACACCAGACAAACAUGCAAAGCUCGGGAAUGGGGCAUAGUAAUAUUAAGCUCCUCAUCUCCAUACACAUGCAAAUACUGUGCAUGUGUAUGUAUCCAUGUGUUCGCAUGUGUGUAUGCAUGUACGUAGGUGGUAUGUUGCUUCAGUCAGUCAAAAUUCUGCAAGGAAAGAGAAGUUAAAGGUAUGCUGCUUCAAAUGUGCAGCUCAAUGCGACUUUCAAUCUGAAUAUGCCAAAGAACCUAUGAGAGAGAAAUAUUUGGGCUUUGGAAAUAAAUAAAGUAUCAAAUCAGCAUUGAUUGUUAAUCACAACGUCAUAAUAAUAAAGAAAGCCAGAGAGUAGUUUAAAGUUGAUCUAGGUCAGAAAUAGACAGUGUCGUUUUAUACCACUUUUAUUUGCAAUAUGUAUUUCAAGUUAUCAUCAGAACAAACCAAUUUCAGUUCUUAUCUUCUCAGGGACCUAGACUGUGGCUCUCAGCUGCAGGAUUCUCAUUUAUCUCAUCCUGACGACGGAUGUCGCUCUUCCAGCUGAGUUGGAAAUCUGAUAUCCCCUGACUUCUCAACUGCGCCUCGAGCUGAACACAAACAAACAAUAGUUCUCGCAUUGCCCGGUCGUGCUGCUUAUCUGACAUUUGAGAGUAAACAAGUAGGUAUGCAAAUAUGUUGUCCUUGAAGACAGCAUUGAGACCAUUAAGAAUUAGAAUAGUGCAGGGGUUUAUCUAUUUCAAUUCUGUUCUUCCUGUUAUUUAAAUUAAAUUUUGCAAAACUUAUCGAUAAAGAUAUUGACAUCACUAUACAAAAUUGCAUGUUUGCAGCCAAAUCGAAGCACCACCUUGACCUCAGAUGGUUACAGUGUGUGCAGGGUAUUUUGAAAUGAAAUCAUUCAUUUCAGAAUCAGGCUUCGGAUUUAGACACUUUGCAGUUAGAUUUAAAGAUCACUUUAUCA